CGUACCCGGCCAGAGAUAUAAAACGACGCGCGAGCCGCCGGGCGCAAGCACUGAAGCGCCAUGAAAGCGAGCCUCAGCCUCGCGCUACUGUUAGUCGCUGUCCUGGGCACGGCAGCCAGCCACCGGCAUCCCGAGCUCCGGACCAACGAAAUCGACCAUGAGAUCGAGAGCGAGCCCAAACUGCUGGUCGACUGUCAGCACAGCGACUAUCGCGCCUACAUCAAGUGCCUGAAGCGCGAGAAGAGGCAGCACCACGGCUCGGGUUUUGGUAACACGCGAGUCUGCCUGGACGAGUGCUUCGAGCAGAAUUGCACCAACGCCACGUGUCUACGCGAAUGCCACUCGCACUGCAGGAAACGCCUUGUCGAGACCUACUCCAAGACCGUGGAGACGUCCUUCGAUUGCGCGAAUGGCGAGUGCGCGGAGACUCGUGGUUCCAACUCACCCAACAUCACCACCAUCGUCAACAUCACCAAUCUCGUGCCCAAUGCCACGAGCUGCGCGGAUGCUGAGCUCAACUGCCACAAGCACUGCAACCAGGGCGAUGGCAAAUGCGGCGCUAAUGACGAGAGCAAAUGCUCGCACGGGGAUACUAAGUGCGGCCGAGAUGACGGAGAUAGGAGCGAGGAGAAGCGGAAACCCGAGGCCUUGCCGAAAAUCGACAUCAACAACGUCAUCAAUAAUCAGUUCGGCCCGGGAUUUUACCCGGGCGCUGAUUGCGCCUGUCCCGGUUGCAAUUGCUAUGCGUACAAUCCUUGGCAAUCAUCGCCUCAAAUUACAAUUGGCAUCGGAGGUGGACCGAUCGGAGGCUGUAUAUAUCCAAUGCCAUGGCCGUGCUUCCAAAGAUUCCCGAAUAAUCUAAACUUACAGACACCAGCCAUCGACUGCGCAGUUUGCAACAAUCCUUUCUUGCGCUAUCGAUGCGAUCCCUCCUGCGCUCAGGAUCCUCGAAGAAAUUACACUCAGUCAACAAUGGGACCGCCCUUGACGUCGACUCCCUCGUACAAAUGGAUGAAAAAACAGCAAUGAGGCGCAAGUUAUCCGAAAAGAAUUAUCCAUUA